UCUUUUCUACCCAAAACAUCGAACCGUCUCUUCUUCUCUCUCCUCCCCCAACCUCCCUCCUCCCUUCCCCUCCUCCAUCUUUGCAUCUUCAAUGCCUACAAACCCCUCCGCCGCCUCCUCCGCCGCCUCUGCUGUAGGAUUAGGGUUUCUCCAGGGAAGGAGAGGAGGAAGAAGGGGGAUCUCCCGCGGAUUAGGUCUCUCAUGACCUAGCCCUAGCCCUACCCUCGAUCGCUGGUGUGGGUGUGGCGUGGGGGGCACUCCCCUUUGUUUCCUUUUUUCUCCUCGGGGUCUUGUCCAUGGCGCCCGCUCGGAGAAAGGGAUCCGGCCGUGCCGCCGCUGCCGCCGCCGCCGCCGCCGCCCAGCAGUGGAAGGUCGGCGAUCUGGUCCUCGCCAAGAUGAAGGGCUUCCCCGCAUGGCCCGCCGUGGUAAGUGAGCCAGAGAAGUGGGGAUUCACAUCAGUUAAAAAGAAGUUGCUCGUCUACUUCUACGGGACUCAACAAAUUGCUUUCUGCAAUUAUGCUGAUAUUGAAGCAUUCACCGAAGAGAAAAAGAAAUCUCUGUUAGUUAAGCGCCAAGGUAAAGGGGCAGAUUUUGUCCGUGCAGUUGAUGAGAUAAUUGAUAUUUAUGAAUCUCUGAAGAAACAAAACCAUAAUCAGCUUAUUUCAUCCAACAAUGGCAUCAAACCAGAAGCCGGAAAUUCAGAAAUACCCAUCAAUGACUCUGGUAGAGAAAGCCCAGAACUUAGCUCCGACGCUGCUAAAGAUAAUAAGUUGGAAGCUUCAUGUGCCUUAAUUGGAACUCGCGAUGUGGUCCACACUGAGGGAGCUGAUGCAAUCUUUCUGGAAGGUGAUUGCUGCAAGGUGAACUUAGCACCCAAUGUGCUAACAGAAAAAGUAUCCAUCCUCGAUGAACUCAGGCAAAAUCGUACAUCUACUAGUACUUCUUCAAGGAAGAAGAGGCAAAGAGAUCCACUGCUAGAAAACAAUACCAUCCGAAAUAGGUGUUCAUCCCUUCGGAGGACUAGAAGUUCGACAAAUGGCGAGCCUAAAAAAUUUGAGUCCACUGAGCAACUAAAUGGUUGUGAUGUUGCAUCUGGUGAUUUGAUUUCCGAUGAGGUGAAGGUGGAGCCCAUGCAGAAUAAUAGUAUCAGAGAUAUGCAAUGUACCUCAGAUAACUAUGAUCCUUCAUCUGGUUCUGCUCUUCUGCCUUCUAAUGGAUGCCAGACAAGUAAUAGUUCUGAAGUUCCUAGAAUAAGUAAUGGCUCUAAUUGCAAGGCUGAAGUAUCUUCAGAUGGUUUCUUGGAGAAAGAUGUUAGGUUGAAUGGCAAGUUUGAUCUCCAGAUGCAGACUAUAGUUUUUAAGAAGAAACGAAAGAUAAUUCGGAAGCCAGUAACUCGUGCUGUAGAAUGUGACAGACUCAAUAAGGAUUCAGAAUUCCAGGUUGAAUUGAAUGGUAGCCUUUAUGAGUCCCUUUCUCGGAGUGAAGUUCAUCAGUGUAUCAAUAAGUCCGAUGGUGAUGAGCACCUUCCUCUAGUCAAAAGAGCAAGGGUGCGGAUGGGCAAACCUUCAGCGGAGGAAGAAGAAGCUAGCGAACUUGUUGUUGCCAAGAACGAAUUGGAAGUGCUAAUUCCUCCAGAUAAAUGUGCUGAUCAUGACGUAUCUAAACAUGACACAUCUACAAUUUCUGGAAAUAAUUGCUUUACUGAUGGGAUGUCCUUAGAAUCGAAAGAAUUCUCUAGUUCUUCACCUGCAAAUGAUCGCUCGGGAUCUUUGGGAAGCGACACUUUUUGGAAGCUUAAGGAUAAUAAACCAAAGGAUCUAACCGUUGAUGUGGAAGCAGCUUUGCCUCCAUCAAAACGCCUCCAUCGUGCUUUAAAAGCUAUGUCUGCCAAUGCUGUAGAAACUAUUAAUGAAUAUCCUGAAUCUCCGAGGCGUAAAGAAUUGAUACCUAAUGGUUCAAUGCUAUCUCCAAAGGCGAAUUCUGUCAAUCAUCCUGCUGAAGUUAAUGUUGGGAGUCCCACAAGAUCGGAUAGUACACGACCUUUAGAUAGUCCCAUAGGUAAGAACAGUACACCUGGAUUGACUGUACAAAGUGGAGAUUUACCUACAAUAUGUUCUUCAGGAAUGACAUCUAAUGAUAUUCUUAAUGGGUCACUUGAAAGUGGCUGCAAUGAACUUCCUACAGACUUCAAAAAGUGUGAUGAGCCUUUAACACCCAUACCUGUUGGUAGUGCUGUCUGUGAUAAAACUAUACCUUCUUGCUCUGUAAAAUAUACAGAGAAUAAUAUAAAUGCCACUUUAUCAGAAGCAAUGCCUAAUAAGUUAUGUACAUUAUUGGAGAAAAGAAAUGAGAGUGAGAUGCUGAUACCAUUGAAGGAAUGCUCUAAUUUUCAUAUUGAUGAAAGUGGAGAUGGUGCUGUUGAACGAAUUAAACAAAAUAAAGAUUAUAUUUCAGAUGCUAAGGGAGGUAGUGGUUCUUUUCCUCCUAAUGGAAAUGAUGUUGCUGAAUCGGCUACAAUAGUGUGUUCAACAACAAGUAACUCUUCUGGGGCUACAAAGCCUUCCAGUAUUCAAUCUGACGGGGAUAACCACACAUGUAACAUGCAUAUUUCUCCUGACCUAUUUCCGAAAGAACUCAGAAGUAGAGUACCUCUAAAGGAUAUGUGUAUUUCUCCUGAUUCAACAUCAAUGAAGGAUCUGAUUGCUGCUGCCCAAGCGAAAAGACUUCUGUCUCGAUCUACUUCUUUUUCAGAUAAUUUUCUUGAUUCAAAACUUAACCAGGAGGCUGUGGUGAGCCCAUCUCCAGGACAGAAGGAAACACAUGCCAGACAUGUUUCACCUUCAAACAGUGUAAUCAGGGCAUCCUCCACAUCAGAUAGGGUUCACAAUCCGCAGAACUCUUACCGUAGUCCAUAUGAUAGCCUGACACAAAGAAACUCACACAAGUUUUCAGUGCAAACUGAAGCAAAUGCAGCACGGAAGGCUUUUGAAGCUUUGCUUUGUACAUUGACAAGGACAAAAGAAAGUAUAGGCCGAGCAACACGCCUUGCUAUUGAGUGUGCUAAACAUGGUAUUGCUGGAGAGGUAAUGGACAUUAUUCUUGAGUAUGUGGAAAAAGAAUCGAGUUUGCACAAAAGGGUAGAUUUAUUCUUUCUUGUGGAUUCAAUAACUCAAUGUUCUCGCACACAGAAAGGUGGUGCUGGAGAUGUAUACCCUUCACUUGUCCAGUCAGUGCUUCCGCGUUUAUUGUCUUCUGUUGCACCUCCUGGACAUACUGCAUGGGAAAACCGCCGGCAGUGCCUCAAGGUUCUGAGGCUAUGGCUAGAGAGGAAAACUCUUCCUGAAUACAUCAUUCGCCAUCAUAUUCGAGAGAUUGAGUCCAUAAAUGAAGCAUCAUUUGGUAGUGCUUCUUCUCGACGACCCAUGAGGACUGAGAGGGCUGUACAUGAUCCUUUGAGGGAAAUGGAGGGAAUGCUUGUUGAUGAGUAUGGGAGCAAUACAAGUUUCCAGCUUCCAAGCUUACUUAGCACAAGCGUGCUUGAAGAUGAAGAAGGGGCUCUGUCUGAGGAGGAAAGGAAUUUUGAGGCCGUUACUCCAGAGCGUGAUGUUCAAGAUGAUGAUCACGAUAUAAGUGCUACUCAGACAUCCGCUGAGAAGCAUCGGCAUAUACUGGAAGAUGUUGAUGGUGAGCUUGAGAUGGAGGAUGUAGCCCCACCAUGCGAGGACGAAGGAAAUCCCCCAUCACAAGUUGCAAAAGGCGAUGGUUCAUGUGCUUCUAUUCAUCAACCUGGUUGCCAAGAUCCGCAAGACUUUCCGCCCCCCCUCCCUGAGGAUACACCGCCGUCUCCUCCCCCGUUACCAUCGUCUCCUCCACCUUCGGUCCCCCCUUGUCCUGCUCCCGUAUCAUCUGUGCCCCAACUCCAAUCAGGAUAUCACACUCCUGCCGAUCCAGCUGAGUCGCAUCUAUCAAGUGGUACUCAUAACCCUCAAAAUCAACAAUCUCAAUGUAAUGCCUGUCGACCUCAUAAACCAAGUGAGUUGAAUCCAAAUGUGAUAUCCUCAGAGCCCAUGCAAUUUUACAAUUCUGGUUUUGGAGGACAUCAUCCAGCGCAGUUGCCGCCACCGCCGCCGCCGCCGCUGCCGCCACCUGUCGUGCCUGUCGGUCCUCCUGGAUCGUACGGCAACUUCUCUGUUCCUCAUCCGCCUGUGCAUCCUGGGAAUAACUUUCAACCAUUGCCACCGCCUCCUCCAGCAGUUUCAAAUCAGUUCUCCUUUGUUCAGCCUGAACGGCAACAAAGAAUUCAGUCGUGGGGUAGUAGCUGUUCGUACUCUGAGAGGUAUCAUCAGCAUAAUUUGCAUGAUAGAGGAGACUUCUAUGGUGAUAGAAAUGUCAACGGACCAAUGCAGCAUGAGAUUGUUGAAAGGGCCAAAUAUACUGCUCCCAUUCAACCACCAGCUCCCUCUAUGCCGGACCAGUUUGGAGAACCGCCUGCCUCUUUGUCACACUAUGGGCCACCGCUGGAUCCUGCCACAAUUCCAUGCCCUAGGUGGUCUCAUCAUCCCAGGAUAUCCAGUUACCCUUUACCUCCGCCGCCACCUCGACCUGCAGCGGAUACUUCAGGAGCUUCUGGAUACUGGAGACCAAGAUAAUGAAUUGGCUAUAUUAUACGGUCUCGAUGACUGGCGCUUGAUAUUCAGCGGCCUGCUCAGGCAGUUCUGUUACUGUGAGAAGCCCAUGUAUCUUCCAUCGCAGAUGGAAAAAGAAAAAAAAGAAAAAGCUGGAAGAUACAUCUAUGCCGCAUUGUACAUAUGUAUUCUACCAUUAUUCUGCAAAAAUGCAGAAGCGGAAGAACAGUCGACUGUGCGGAGGAGAGCUGUAUCAUUACGACGAUAGGCUGUUAUGUAUCGUCUAUUUAUCCAACAGCUUUACACUGCUAGUUCUAAUAGUCUUUUGUCCUCUCAGAAAAUUUCUUGCUAUUUUUGUCCAUUCUUCCGUGUCCUUUUCCUGAUUUAGUAACUCUUUUAACUUUUUACAGGUCCUUUGUUUAGCUGACAGGGCCCCUAAUAUACAUAACCUAAAUUGGUAUAGUAUUUGUAGCUCAAUUGUCAACUGCUGUUGUUGUUUAAAAUUUAUUAUCAAUGCCCAGUUUUCUUGCAGUGUUCUGGUGUUGUCUCUCUCGUAUACUUCAAACCUUUUCUAUUUCAGGUUACAGUGUACAGAGGCCCCAUAGACUGUAGGCAAUUUUGAAAUUGGCAU